CAGAAUCUACCCGCGAUAUGUUUGAACGGUCUCGCUGUGACAUGUCAGUUCUGUACAAGUGAUGCUGCUUGAAAGCACGAGUAAAAGUUGAUUGUGCAUGCUGAUUGUGUUGUUUUCGCAUCUUUUGAAAACGUGAAUUAAACGAACAUGAAUACAAGAGCAGCGUCUGCUAAUUUAGCUGGCAGGAUGGCACUGCAGCAAAUCAACAGUGACAAUAUUGACCAAAUUCCUGGCAAGGCCCAACUUCUGCAAAGACCUCAAACCUCACACCUAAUGCAAAGAAAUACCCUUAGUGACAUUGGAAAUCAAGUAUCUGCAAUCACAAUAUCAGAUGCCAGUAAAAAGGGUCCUAUUAAAAAAGAAAUUGUGCAAGUAAAUCCCAGACAGCAGAAAGCAUUGACCAAGACCAAAGCAACUACAUCCCUCAAAGCAUUGGCAGAGAAGAAGGAAACCACAAAGGAGCAUGAUGAAUUCCAUUUCGUUGAGCCUUCAUUUCCUUCGCGAAUUCCAGUCCCAACAGCCACUGUUCACCCAUUGCCAUCUGCACAUGUGCCUAUGGACACAAGUGAUGCGGGACAAGAUGCAUUUUCGAAAGCUUUGCUAAAUGUACAGGACAUUGAUGCAAAUGACAGAGAAAACCCACAACUAGUCAGUGAAUAUGUCAACGAUAUAUACGAGUACAUGAGAAUAUUAGAGAAAAAGUACCCAAUUGCGGACAGCUACUUAGAAAAGCAAGAAAUCUCCGGGAAGAUGCGUGCCAUUCUCAUUGACUGGUUGUGCCAAGUUCAUCACAGAUUUCAUCUUCUCCAAGAAACUCUCUACCUGACUGUUGGCAUAAUCGAUAGAUUUCUCCAGGAAUCUCCUGUGACCAAAAACAAAUUGCAGUUGGUCGGUGUCACAUCCAUGUUGAUUGCCUCCAAAUAUGAAGAGAUGUACGCACCUGAAGUUGCAGACUUUGUUUAUAUUACAGACAAUGCUUACACUAAAAAGGAAAUUUUGGAAAUGGAACAAACUAUCUUACGGACAUUAAACUUUAGUUUUGGAAAGCCAUUGUGUUUGCAUUUCUUGAGGAGGAAUUCAAAAGCUGGUCAGGUUGAUGCCAGCAAGCAUACGCUGGCCAAGUACCUGAUGGAGUUGACGAUAGUGGAGUACGAUAUGGUGCAAUAUCUCCCUUCCCAAAUAGCUGCCGCAGCCCUAUGUCUUUCUAUGAAACUUCUGGACGACUGUAAAUGGACGGAGACAUUGGCGCACUAUAGCUCUUAUACAGAAGAAGAACUUGUGCCAACCAUGCGUAAACUUGCCAGUCUAGUCAUGAAACAGGAGGAUUCCAAACUCAAACUCACUGCCAUAAGGACCAAAUAUUCAAGUUCAAAAUUCAUGAAGAUAAGCACCAUACCAGCUUUGAAGUCUCCACUGGUGCAGGAACUUGCAGGUGCUUCAGACUGCUCCUAAUGCAUUGUUGGAUCCAAGCUAGUCCCGUGAUAUUGUGUUUUUAAACUGUGAUUGUGAAAGUGGAAUGCUUCAUUCCAGCUUAUUUAUUGGUGUGUUUGUAGUCUGUUUGCAAUGAACAUGGUAUUGAUAGUAGCACUGAGAGUUUAAACAAGCUGUGGGUGUUUAGAAUUGUUGCAUUUAUAUUCGUUAACUUAACAGCGGUGUUAUGUACAGGACAACCAAAAAAAUAGUAAUACAUUAAAAAACUGCCAAGCAGUUCAGCUCAUUUUACAUUGUUAGCAGUCUUAUUAUAAUGUAUUCCGUCCAAAUUUUUAAUUGAGUUGAAUACUUGGUAUAUGUGAAUGUGUCUUUUUAAACACUUAACUAGAAGAUAAUGUAGUUUGGGGGACAGUUUUGCUAAACUUUUUUUUAUUUCCCACAAAAUAGUAAACUGAAAAAAAAACAGUACAUAGCUUCUAGGGAUCGCUCAAUGUAUAUAACUUGUUCCUGGAAUGCGUUGUGUUAUGUCUUUAGGUCACCAUGAAUUUUUCCAUCAAUCUAGGCUGGUACGCACAAAGCUCCUUAGGAAAUUGGAUAAAUUCUUUUAUUUUUUUAUAAAUAAACAUUGGAUGUUUUCGGAUUAUACAACACCAACAACAUUGCUUAAAAAAUAUUUUUUUUGUAUAUAUUUUUCCAAACCAUUUUAUUUUAAUGUCAAAAUACCUUGCAUAGAGAUCAAGAGACUUUAGGAAGUGUAUGGCUUGUUAUUUUUACUAAGGAGUUUUAUUAAGGCCCUAUGACUAUUCAUUUCUGGGUGCUUAGGUAAAUGGAUUUGUGACUUCAUUAGCUGAGACAAUAAGCAUUGUACAAGGGAAAUAUAAUUAUAGCUUAUAUGCGGGGAUUGGAAUAAUCCUAGUUGUUUAACAAGAAUCAUUGUCUCAAUUUUCGCACAUAAUCAUGCAGUUUGUAAUAAGCCCUGAAAGCCCUUUGCAUACACUAAAACUGGCGUUAUGGAACGUGUACCCGCCUUUUGUAUUUUACAAACUGGGCCAGUUUUGGUGUAUGUGUUGAUGGCUUUUAGUGGUUAAUAAGUUUGAUAAUGCAUUUAGAAUAGUAUAUUUUGUAGUAGUAGUGUUUUUAAUGUAGAUUUGAAUGACUUGUGUAUAUAUACAUAAAUUUCUAAUUUUAUAAUAAAAUGUAUAAAAAUAA